CGCAAGCGCAUGUGUAUUUGUUUAUACACGUACAAUCACUGAAUCAGUCAUUCGAUAUUUCUUCCUGUGAUAUUAAUUAGACAAGUGUUGUAGAAACAGGUUUCCGUACAUGGGAAGUGAAGUCUGGCGGAAACUAAACGAGAACAUUGUUUUGCUGCAGCAGUCUAUUCACCUUCCCACCUUCUUAGACAACUUGGGCAGAAGGGGUUUAAUUGAUCAGGAAACAGCCAACAGUCUUCUAGUUUUAAGUUGUGAGGAGGCAGUUCCCAAGCUUCUAGAAAUUCUAGUGUCUUCUACUCCUUCCAGCACCAACGAUAUGUGUGACGCACUCCAAGAAACUCACCCAAAUAUUGCAGAAAAAGUAGGAUUGGCUCCUCUUCCAGCUGAAAAAGAUUGUAAGGAUCCUACUGGUCAUAGCCAUGUUGUGAAGUCCUAUCAUGCUGUGUUAGCAAUCUCUACAGAACCUCACAAACACAAAGAGGAUAACCAGCUUCACCACUCCAAGGACAAACACUCCGCUUUCAUGUAACAGUUACCACUGAGUGACGAGUAACCAGUGAUGGCUAUUAAUGAUGAUUAUUGUGGUACAGUUAUUGUAUUGAAUCUCCACAUACGUAUAUGUUACUCUCUUGAAUCUGCAUAUUUUACGAAUCUCUUCUGGUUUGCAUAACUUGUAAGACCAACCUGAACAAUUAUUUUAAUUAAUACACCAAUUAUUGUAAAUUUUACGUUUUGUGUAUUUUAUUAUUUAUUUAAACUUGUAAAUAAAGUAAUUUCUUAUUAAAA